AUGCAGAGUACUCGUCUGUUAAUUACCGCACAACGUUGUUCAUCGGCGUCUAAAAUUAAUCGUUUAUUGAGACGAUGUCUCACUACUUCUAACUCAACAACUAAAGCAACUUUUCAUAACUCAUCCUUAUCUCUAGUCGAUUCAUCAUCGCGUAUUAAUGGUCGAUUUUUAUCACUACCAAGAUGUGGUAUAAUCACUGUUCGAUAUGCUUCAUCCGGUAAUUUACCAUCUCAUAAAAGAAUUACUCUUCCAGCAUUAUCACCAACAAUGGAAACCGGUACAUUACGAUCAUGGUCUAAGAAAGAAGGAGAAAAAAUUGUUGAAGGUGAUAUAUUGGCUGAAAUUGAAACUGAUAAAGCAACAUUAGGAUUUGAAGCAGGUGAUGAAGGAUAUCUCGCAAAAAUUAUUCUACCCGGUGGUAGUAAAGAUGUACCUGUUGGAAAAUUAUGUGCUAUUAUUGUUGAAAAAGAAGAAGAUAUCGCUGCAUUUAAAGAUUUUAAAGAUGAUGAAAGUAAAUCAUCAACAAAAAAGACAUCAGCCGAUGAAGAAGCCAGUUCAGCUCCAAAAACCGAAAAGAAAGAAAAGGAAUCGACGAGCAAGACAGAACAACAACAACAACAACAACAACAAACAACAUCAACUUCAAAAAAAGACAAAUCACAAGAACAAAAAUCUCAAAGUUCGAGUGAAGGUAGCAGAACUGCAGCAUCACCUUUAGCUAAAAAACUAGCUCAAGAAAAGGGCAUAGAUCUUGAAUCAGUUCAAGGUAGUGGUCCUAAUGGUCGAGUUGUCGCCGAAGAUGUUGAGAAAUUUAUAAAAGAAGGUGGUGCCAAAGUAAAAUCAGAAACUAAAAAAACCAAAGAUACUCAACAAACUCCAUCUAAAACUACCAAAAAAGAUAAAGAAACAGGAACACGUACUGGUGGUUAUGAUGAACAAAAAGUAUCCGAAAUACGAUCAGAAUAUGCACGUCGUGUAACAGAAUCAAAGACUACCAUACCUCAUUAUUAUUUAACUAUCGAAGUUCAAGUAGAUGAAAUACUCAAAUUACGUCAAAAUCUCAAUAAUAUAUUAACACCAAAAUCAAAAGAUUCAAAAGAAAAAGCACGUGGUAUAACAAUAAAUGAUUUUAUUAUAAAAGCAGCUGCACUUGCAUGUAAAAAACGACCUGAAACAAAUAGUGUUUGGAUGGAUAAAUCAAUUCGACAAUAUGAAACAGUUGAUAUCAAUGUAGCAAUGGCUACUGAUGCUGGUAUUCUUAUGACGCCAAUUGUUCAUAAUGCUGAUCAAAAAGGUCUUUCGGCUAUUAGUAAAGAGAUUUCAGAAUUGAAUGAUAAAGCAAACAGUGGAAAAUUGAAUGAUGAUGAACUUGAAUCGGGAACAUUUACAAUUUCUAAUUUGGGAAUGUAUGGUGUAACAAAUUUUAGCGCUAUAAUUUAUCCUCAACAAUCAGCUAUUUUAGCUAUUGGUGGUGUUGAAACACGACUUGUACCUGAUAAAGAAUCUCCAAAAGGAUUUCGUCAAUCAACUAUUCUCAAUGUGACAUUAGCAUGCGAUCAUCGUGUUAUCGAUGGUGCCGUUGGUGCGCAAUGGUUACAAGAAUUUAAACAAUUUCUUGAACAUCCCGGAUCAAUGAUUUUAUAA